CGUCCAUAAGCACCUCCCCUUUCUUCCCCCCCUUCCCUCCAUUUCUCCCGUUUUCCCUCCACUCUCUUUGCCCAUCGCCCCCCCCUCUCGGUCCCACCAUUCUCGGUUCCAGCGUCGAUUAGCACCCCGCGCCCCCCCCGCCUUCCUGCCCGCGUGCUCCGCUCAACCUCCAAAAUGUCCAAGCGCAGCGGUGGCUCUGCGCUCACCCGCCUCAAGCACUCGCUUCGCGAGGCGGGCGCGAUCGGCCGCGUGUCCAAGACCAAGCAGAAGCGCCUGGGCGCUGGCGCCGGUCCCGCCGUGGCUGCUCCGGAGAACCCCUUCGAGCGCAAGGUGACCAAAACCAAGUUCGAGGUUCUGGGUCGUCGUCGCCCCGGUGAGACUGGCCGGCCGACUGUGGCCCGCUCUCGCUCCGAGCAGACCCGCAAGGAGACGCUCCUGGUGGAAUACAAGUCCCGGAACCACAAGAGUGGCUUCAAGGAUCGGCGUUUCGGUGAGACCGACGCCAACAUGACCGAGGAAGACCGCAUGCUCGAGCGUUUCGCCAAGGAGCGGCAGCGUCUCUCCAGUCGCAAGUCCUCCAACUUCAACCUCAACGAUGAUGAUGAUGAUGACGAUGGUGCCGACGCCCUGACCAUCACCCACGGUGGCCGCAGCCUGGCGGACCUGGACAACUUCGACGACUUUGUCCCGAGCGAGGAUGACAUCGGCGACGAUGACUUGGCCCUCGGACGUCUGGAUCGCGAGACGGUCACGCGCAGCCAUUUCGGCGGUGGUGGCGACUAUGCGGACCAGGAGCCGGCCGGCCAGGCCUCGGUCGAGGCCCGGCCUCGGACCCGGCGUGAGAUCAUGCAGGAGAUCAUCGAGAAGAGCAAGGCCCACAAGCAGGAGCGCCAGGAGGCUCGUCAGCAGGAUCUGGUCGAGAUGGAGAAGCUGGACCGGGAUUUCAGCGAGAUGCGUUCGCUGCUGCAGAUCCGCGAGCCGAUCCGGCGCAAGGGUGCCGAGGCGGCUGCCGAGGCGGCCACCGAGGCCGCCGCGGCCACCGAGGCCGAUGCCAACAAGAUGAAGUGGCAGAAGCUGGACGAGCAGCGCAAGCUGGCCAAGCGUCAGGAGGCCCUGGACCGCGGCAACGAGUCGGAUCUGUCGGACAUCGAUGACCAGGCCGAGUAUGACCAGUUGCUGGAGGAGAUGUCGCGCGAUGAGCGUGCCCGGCCGUCCGACCGGCUGAAGUCCGCCGAGGAGCGCCUGCACGAGGAGCGUGACAAGCUCAAGCGCCUGGAGGCCGAGCGCUUCAAGCGCAUGAUGGGUCUGACGGCGGCCUCCGGCGCCGAGGAGACCCAGGCCGAGGACGGUGCCGACACCCUGGACGGCCCGGGCGCCGGGCGCCGGGCGCGCACCGGCCUCAGCACGACCAUCAGCUACGACAAGGAUGGCCGCCUGCAGUUGUCGUCGGCCGAUCGCCAGGCAGUCGAUGAGGAGAUUGCAAAGCGGCGCAAGCUUCACCCCGAGGACGAAGAUGAGGAUGGCCACUCUGACGAUGAUGACGACGACGACGACGGCGACGACGACGAUGAUGAUGACGACGACGACGGUGACGACGAUGAGGAGGAGGAGGAUGGCGACUCGGACGACGAUUCCGAGGCCAUCUCCUCGGACGAGGAGGAGGAGGAGGUCGCCUCCGCUCGCCAGGCCUUCUACCAAGACUCGGAUGAUGAGGACAGUGGCAAGCGCUCUGCCGGGCUGGGCAGCAAGGAUGCCCUUGGCGAGUCCACCCUCCUGGCGCGGAGCCUGACCAACAAGGCCGGUCGUGUGGAGUUCUCGGAUGUUGUGGAUGAGGCCGCGGCGGCCGAGCUGCCGUUCACCUUCGCCGCGCCCGAGGACCUUGCCACCUUCCUCCAGUAUGUCACUGGCCGGUCGCCGGAUGACCUUCGCUUGGUCAUCGAGCGUCUGAUGACCCUGUACCAUAUCCGCCUGGCGGCCGCCAACCGCGGGCAUCUCGAGACUCUGGUCGGUGUGCUGCUGGACUACCUCGAGCCGUUGGGUCUGGGCAGCGAUGAGCCGGACUUCGAGCGUGCCAUCGUCAUGGCGCCGUAUCUGCGGCGUCUGGUGCAGGUCCUCGGCAACCCGGCUGUGGAGAUCUGCAUCGAGCGCCUGAAGCGUGUGCGCCAGGAGGUGGUUGCCGACGCCAGCCUCAUGCCGAACCAGUUCCACGCGCUCUUCUACCAGAUGAUGGGGUACAUUUUCCCAACCUCGGAUUUCCGUCACCCGGUGGCCACGCCCCUGCAGCUGCUCAUGGGCCAGUCUCUGGUCUUCGGCGCCAGCCGGUCCCUCUACGAGCGGAGUGUGGGCAUCUUCAUGUGCGCGCAGUUUGUCGAGUUCCAGAAGACCACUCGACGCUUCGUGCCUGAGGCGGCCACCUUUGUUACGCGCCUGCUGAAUAGCCUGCAUGAGGAGUGCUCCGCCUGGGCUGACACCACCAGUGUCGCGCUCGAGGUGGAUGCCGAGUAUUCGCAGUCCUGGCCGCGCCUUCUGUCGCACAGCGUCCCGGCCGACAAGGUCGCCGCGCACCGUGGAGCCCUUCUGCGCAUUGCAUUGGAGAUCCUCUACGAGCAGGCCACCCUCCUGUCGACAACCAUGAGUCUGCCGGUGAUCGUGCACCCGAUGAUCGAGACCCUGAAGAAGUUCGCCCCGGAUGCCGGGAAUGCCGGCUGGCUGCCCGAGUCGCUGGCCCAGCGUGCCGGCCACAUUCUCAAGCAAAUCCAGUUCCUGUCGGACUCGGUGGUGGCGUCGCGCCUGCCGCUCAUGUGGCAGCGCCACCGUGCGGUGGCCAUCAAGACUCGCGCGCCGCGUAUCGAGAAGUCUUACCGUGUUGGUCAGCGCCGCGACCCGAACCCCGAGCGCCAGGAGGCCAAGAAGCUGGCAUACGAGCUGCGCACGGUCCGGCGUGGUGCCACUCGCGAGCUCCGCCGCGAUGCGGCCUUCCUCUCGCGGGUCAAGCGCGACGAGGUUAUCAAGAGCGAUCGCGAGUACAAGGAGAAGAUCAAGUCCAUCUACUCGUCGCUCUCGAAGGAGGCCAACUCCAUGUCCAGCGAGGAGCGCGCGCAUCUCAAGCGCAAGCAGUUCAAGCUCCGGUAGGCGACCCUCCUCCCUGCUGUGGCAUGGGCCGGGGUCGGCUCAGGUCGACCCCCGGAUGGCUCUUGUCUCCCUUUGUAUCACUAUCGCUUGGGCUUGGCGCGCCAUGCUGGCGGUUGUCAGGCCCCUUUCCCUGUUCACUUAUAGAAUCUCAAAGCCA